AAAUAUGAGUUCCAAGGUCAGCGCCUUUUGCAUGAUCAUGUUCCUCCUCUUCUUCACAUUAUCUUGUGCCUCUGCGGCCCGACCAGAACCUGCAUCUGAAGUUCAAUAUGCAGAUACCCCAAUCAAAACUCAACAUCUGGAUACUGAAACAGAGAAGGUUCAGGUGGAGGAUAGCUGCGACGGAAUUGAAGAAGAAGAAUGCUUGAUGAGAAGAACACUUGCAGCUCACAUUGAUUACAUCUACACCCAGAAGACCAAGCCUUGAGGACCUGAUCUCUUCAUGUUGUCAUAUACUAAUUAUUUUCUUAUAAAUACUUUUUUCAUAAAUUUGCGUCUUCAUUUGUAUCAUGUUCAUUUUCUCUUUCAGGGAGGUUUUAGUGGAUAUCAGGUUGCUAAAC